GGUCAUCUUCAAGUCUCUCCCGCAAACGCACCUCUCAGCCAAAGCUUAAUCCCACCUCCUACAGCUGGUCACCCGACGUGUCCAGUUCCAUCUUUACCGCUACCGCCGGUUUCCUUCUUCAUCUCCCUCCCUUUUAUUCCUCGAGAAAUCUCUGCAUAUAAAAUCCCCACCCCACUGUUUUCAAUCUUCAACCUUCGACCAUAUCAGAACGUCGUCUUUCCGAUCCCCGAUCGGACCUUCUAGAUCGAAUCACUUUACGCUUUCCUCUUCAAGUCCUUUAAGAUGGCAGAUAAUGACGAGGGAGAGGAAAGUAUUGUUCGUGGUAAGAUGGCAGAUAAUGAGGAGGGGGAGGAAAGUACUGCUCGUGGGAAUGAAUGGGAAGUUGUACAACUUACAGCGUCAACGUAUGCUGCUGCUCCUUGUCCAGGAGGAAUUGAGUUGAGCAAUGAGGAGAAGAGUGGUAUCUAUGGUGAGCAUGCGGAAACUUCUCGUGCUCUUUUCAUGUCUGGUCACUUUGCUUUUCCAACCAGUCAGCAUGAGAAUUUGCCUUUGAAGUCUGAUAGAAGCGAACAUGUGGACAAGGAUGUCUUAGCUGAGAUAGGUGUUGAAGAAGAAGGUAGGUCCAGUGGAAAGGAGGAAGAAACUUUGACUUUGAAAGGGUUGAAUGCUCCAGAUGAGUUUGCGGGGAAACAGUCUGUGACUGAUAAGGAUAACAUGCAGUUGAUCGGUGAUACAGAGUUUGAAGAAGGGUUAACUUCGGCUGACAAAGACCAGACUAUAAUGGAUGCUGCUAUAUAUCAUUUUGACGGUGAAACAGAUCUGAGCAGCUUAGCUGAUUAUGGUGAGAGCCCCGCUGUUCCUGGACUUAAUGAACCUUCAGAGCAAGGUUUAGGUUUCUCCGAGGAUACCCCGCAAUCCCCAAGGUCUCUUAAAGAUGAUGAAUUUGGUGUUUCUCGCCUGCCCUGUGGAGCUUGGUGGAAAAGAAGAGCUGCUUCCUUGUAUUCUCAUGCAAAAGAAGCUAAUGCAGUUUGGUCUAUUUUCGUAGCAGCGGCUGUGAUGGGGCUUGUGUUACUUGGGCAGCGGUGGCAAAAUGAAAGGUGGCUGGCUCUACAACAGAAGUGGCUGUUGAGCGUCAAUGAUCAGAAAACAGGAAGGAUGAUUGGUCCCAUAUCUCGUCUUAAAGACGUUAUAGUGAGCAGCCACCGCCGAGGAUCCUUUAUCAGGAGCAGCUCCUCAAGUGAGGUGUAAGAUGAUGACGAAAAAUACCACAGGGAGAGGAAGAGAGAAGUGAUGGACGGGGGAGAUGCAUAUGAGGGUUACAUGUUAGUUUGUUUCCAACUGUGGUUGAUAUAUAUUCCGUUUCUGGAUAGUGUUACUUGUGUAGGUGCUAAAAGAUAGAUAUGGCCGUCGUAUGAUCUUUUUCGAUCAACAUGAAUAUGCCGAUGUACAUGUUACUUGUUACUAUUUCUAUGAUGGAUGUUUGUGUUUGUGUUUUCGCUGGAGACGGGACCAAUUCGUGUGAUUGUUGUGAAGUGGUGCAUUCAGAAUUAAAGUUUUGUCAUGGUAAA